AUGAGGUUAUUCAUCGACGCUCUCAAACCACAAGUUUACGCCAUAAAAUCUGGUUACACUCCUACACUUUUUGCAUGCAAUCAGCUUAUACAUUUAUACUCCAAACAUGGAUUCCUACAAGAAGCCUGCAACCUGUUCGACGAAAUGCCUGAACGAAAUGUCUUCACAUGGAACGCCAUAAUUUCAGCCCAUAUAAAAUCCAACAACUUACCCAAGGCCCAACUUCUCUUCGAUGCUGCCCGAUGUAAAGAUUCCGUGACCUACAAUUCCAUGUUGUCUGGAUACGCAAACAGUGAAGGUCAUGAAACACAAGCGUUUGAUUUAUUCACACAGAUGCAUUUCACAGGGUAUGAAUAUGAUGUUCAGAUCGAUGAAUUUACUCUCACCACGAUGUGUAAUUUGACAGCGAAGAUUCGGAAUUCAAGAUAUGGGAAACAAUUACAUUCGUUCAUGGUGAAAACUGGAAAUAAUCUAAGUGGGUUUGCAGUGAGUGCGCUGGUUGAUAUGUAUUCAAAAUCUGGGUGUUUUAACGAAGCUUAUGAGGCUUUCCAUGGCUGUAAUUUUGAGUCAGUGGAUGUCGUUUCCAAAAAUGCAGUUGUUGCAGCUUGUUGUAGAGAAGGAAGAUUAGAUAUGGCUAUGGAGAUUUUUUCAAAUCAAUUAGAGUUAAACGAUGUGGUAUCAUGGAACACGAUGAUUACAGGUUACACCCAAAAUGGGUAUCAUAAAGACGCCAUUGAAUUAUCUUCUUUGAUGAUGAAAAACGGAUUUCAAUGGAAUGAACACACUUUUGCUAGCGUUCUGAGUGCUUGCUCUUCUACAAAAAGUUUAAAAUUGGGGAAAGAAGUUCAUGGCAGAAUUGUGAAGAACAGAAUGAACUCGAAUCCUUUCAUUAUCAGCGGAAUCAUCGAUCUCUACUGCAAAUGUGGCAACAUGAGGUACGCUGAAUCAAUCCAUUCAAGAAAUAAAAUCGAAAACAUGUUUUCAACUACUUCAAUGAUUGUAGGAUACUCUUCACAACACGAUAUGAUAAAAGCCCGAAAACUUUUCGAUUCUUUAAAAUCUAAGAACACUGUAGUCUGGUCAGCUAUGUUUUCCGGAUACUUAAACAGUCAUGAUUCUUCAGAUGUCUUCAAACUCUUUCAAUUCUUCAAAAUUCAAGAAAAAACAAUCCCCAAUUGUUCGAUUCUUGCAACUUUGCUUGGUGCAUGCGCAUUACAAGCAAUCAUCGAUCCCGGAAAACAAAUUCAUGGGUAUUUAAUAAGAACGAUCGUUGAAAUCGAUUAUAAAACAAUCAGUGCGUUAAUCGAUAUGUAUUCGAAAUGCGGGAACAUAAAAUACGCAGAAAUAAUCUUCAAAAGUUCGAAAUUUAGGGAUCUGGUGAUGUACAAUAUCAUGAUAUUAGGUUUCGCUCACCAUGGUUAUGAAGAUAAAGCUUUUGAGCUCUUCGAUAACAUGGUGAAAUUAGGGUUUCAACCGGAUAACGUAACUUUCAUCGCGAUUUUAUCGGUUUGUCGUCACUGUGGGUUGGUUAAAACCGGCGAGGAUUAUUUCAAAUUGAUGACGGAGGUUUAUAAAAUCGAACCUGAAAUCGAUCACUAUUCGUGUAUGAUUGAUCUAUAUGGGAGAGGUAAUGAGGUGGAGAGAGCUAUGGAGUUUAUGAGGAAGAUUCCGGUGGAGUUAGAUGUGGUGGCGGUUGGGUCGUUUUUGAGUGGGUGUAGGGUUCACCGGAAAGGUGAGCUGGCACGGGAAGUGGAGGAGGAGUUGUUGAAAAUUGGCGGGAAGAGUGGGACUAGGUAUGUACAGUUGGCGAAUGUUUAUGCGGCGGAGGGGCGGUGGGAGGAGGUGGGGAGGAUGAGGAAGAAGAUGAGAGGGAAGGAAAUUGGUAAGGCGGCUGGUUGUAGUUGGGUUCAUGUUGGUGGGAAAGUUCAUAGUUUUAUCUCCGGUGACACGUGUCAUUUGGAAAUGGAAGGUGUCUAUGGUAUUUUAGGAUUAUUGGUUAUGGAAAUGAUGGAGACUGAAAAAGUUUUAUAUGAAUUUUUUUGA